AUGCGGAGCCUUCUUAAGUUGACGGCUGCUCUGCAGUUCUUGUCUGUCCUUUCAAGAGUUCAGGCAGACGAUGUCCCCUGCUCUAAAGAUGAACCCUGCAAAGAAGGAUGUUGCUCAAGUGUCUCCCAGGUUUGCGGAUACGGUCCGGAUUACUGUGGAAGUACUUGCAUUCAAGCUGGCAGCUUGAAUAACACAUGCACACAUCUGGCCGAGUGUAAUCCUGGUGGUUAUCCAGGUUGGGGAGAAACUUGGGGUGGAACCUCCUCUGAUUUCUGUGGCACUGCCACUUGGGACGCGCCAUCAUGCUUUAACACUACAUCCACGCGGCGAAUCGGCUACUAUGAAGCUUUCAAUCUUGAUCAUUCCUGCAAUACCAUGACACCGGAAGAAAUUCCUGUCGGGGGCUACACACACUUGAUCUUCUCCUUCCUGUACAUUGAACCUGACACCUAUGAGAUCACUCCCAUGGAGUCGAAUCAAACGGAUCUCUACGCUCGAUUCACUGCCCUGAAAGAUUACGAUGUCGAAACCUGGAUCUCCAUCGGUGGAUGGGCUAUGAACGAUCCAGGAGAGUACUCUAACGUCUUCUCCAAGCUUGCUGCAUCGACAUCGGCCCAAACUAAAUUCCUGAGCUCUCUGACAUCCUUCUUGAAGGAGUACGGAUUUGAUGGUGUUGACAUUGACUGGGAAUAUCCUGGCGCAGCGGAUCGAUAUGGUACUGAUGCUGAUUUCGACAAUUUUGUGUCAUUCCUCAAGAACGUGCGAUCGUCACUAGGAGAUGAUUAUGGCCUGUCGAUCACCCUCCCCAGCUCUUAUUGGUAUCUCCAAUACUUUGACAUCGUCAAUCUUGUCAAAUAUGUCGACUGGUUCAAUUUCAUGGCCUACGACAUCUAUGGUACAUGGGAUGCUACGAUUUCCUCCAUUGGCAGUAGAGUGUAUGCCAGCACCAACAUGACCAUGAUUGAGUCUGGUCUCAAGCUUUUGUGGCAUAACAAUAUUGAGGCUAGUAAAGUGAACCUUGGCCUUGGUCUCUAUGGACGCAGCUAUACCCUUGAGGACUCAUCGUGUACAGAGCCCGGAUGCGCAUUCACGACAGGAGGCAAUCCUGGUCCUUGCUCUCAGGCUGAGGGUCUGCUUUCAUACGACGAAAUCAUGGAUAUCAUAGACGAUCCAUCGAGAAACCCAACUGUCUGGCUGGACUCCGAGGCAGCUGUCAAGAUUGCUGUCUUUGAUGACGACCAAUGGGUUGCCUAUGAUGAUGCCGAAACCCUUCAAAUGAAAUUGGACUUUGCCAACUCGGAGUGCAUGGGCGGUGUUGCAGCCUGGGCUGUUGAUGAGGAUGGAAAGGGUGAUCUUGCUGAAAGUAUCUCGAACUCCACUAACCUGUUUCCCGCGGGAGGAAGUGGAAAGCUUUAUGUCUCGCCCGACAUUUGGGAAGAUGAAUCGCCCGAGAUAUCCUGCGAGGCUCCCUGCACUUUCAUUCUCCCGCCCUUCCAGCUGGCCGAACCAGCCACUGUCAGCUGGCCAGCAAUGACUACUUCGGUCCUUGUCAGCACAAAUGGCGGUAUUUCUACAUCGACAACGACCAUAUCGAUUCCUGCGUUUGAGGUCUCAGAAAUUCCUUUCUGGCCGGUGACCAUUGCUUCUAAUAACACAGCUGGUGCCUUGGUGCCCGUCCAGAGCGUAGCGCCGCCGUCUAUGGUGCUUACAUUCCCAGGAAGCGUAGCUCCGUUCCCUGUUGCUACCUCUAACUAUACCAGCAUUGCAGAGAGCCAGAUGUCUUCCCUGGGUGCCAAUGGUGGUUCCGGUUCUACGGCAACCAUUACCAGCCCUGCCACUACUGCUGCCACCUCGACUUCGACUUCGACUACGGUGACAACCCCAUCCCCCAUUGCAGCAAAUAUGGCCAGUGGCUGCACAAAGUUCUACAAGAUCCAAAGUGGUGACUCUUGCUGGAGUGUUGAGAAUGAUAACGAUAUUGAUGCUUCGGACUUUGAAGCUUGGAAUCCGGAUGUCGGAACCGAUUGUGCUAGUGGUGUUUGGAUCGACUACUACUACUGCAUUGGUCACUCGUCUUCGUCUUCCUCUUCUGGGGGAUCUGGAGGAUCUACUUCAACUGGAAGCAGUCCCACCCCUGUCUUCUACUCCACAUCACACUCUGUUGUCAUUCAGCCAGAGGCAACACAUACCACGAUUCCUCCAACCAAGUCUAUUCCUUCUAUCAAUGUCGAGACGGGAAAGCCUAAAGGCUCCACGUCUAGUGACGGUGACUGCGUUGGAUGUGGUACCCUGGAUUGCUCGCUUUUUGGUUGCGAUGGGAAAUGUGGUAUAUUCGGCUGUGACGGAGGCUGUGGUUUUUCAUGGUGUGGAGGUGGGUGUGGUCUGGAUUACUGCGGACCUGGCUGUGGUACUGGUGACUGCGUUGUCUCAGGUGGUGGAGGUGGUGGUGGCAGUACCGGCUCCAUCGGAAUUGAGUCCGGGGACGGCGAAGAGUGCGACGAGAUGAAGACGGCCGAUGUCUGUACCGCAUUCGUCAAAAGUUUCUCUUCCUCCGGAAUGGCCUCUUCGUCAACUACAACCACAACUGAAUGUGCCACUACUGAGGGAUGCUCAGUUACUGCAUCUACCACAACAACCACAAUCAGUACGACAGGAACUUACUCUACCGGUACAAUCAGCUUCAUGGACUCGGAGACAACAAUUGCGGCAUCCGUCCUGUCUUCCAUCUCGAGUAGCAUUCUCAGCCAGCGAAGUGUUUGGGACGCUACACGCUGGUCUGGGUACACUAUCACCGCCACCUCAACCUCAGCAAGUGCGACCUCUACACCCACUGGAUUCCAGAUUGUGACGGAUGCUCGAGCAUAUUCGAACUACGAGUAUCUAUUCAUGGCCAUCGUCUCUGACGGCCUGGAUAAUCCUGUCGUCGUCAACGACACUCUAACAUAUGACAAGACUCUCACGACUGAAAAUAGCGAGACCACAUUCUGCGGCCAGACCUCUACGUUUGAGCAGACGGACUCCGGUGAGGUGACUGGUUACAGUGGUGAUAACAAGUAUUCUUGUGUGAAUGUCACGGACUCGUCACCGUACACCAUAGACGAUGAUGGUCACGAAUCCACAAUAACGCCUAGGUGGAACUGUCUCACUGACAUCUGUUUAUAA